AUGAGCCAAUUUCGGUACGAGGCAAAGCCACUUGAUAAAUAUUAUCCUAAAGAAACAAUUAAUGAAAGGGAAAAAAGAGAAAAUAUCACUUUUUUAAAUAUUAACAAUAAAAACUUGGCAGGGCAUUUGGAUUUACAUGACUUUGCUAGUUUAGAAAGUUUAAGUUGCUUAGGUAAUAAACUUACUAGUCUAGACUUAAGCAGUUGUAGUAAUUUAAUUAAACUUAACUGUUCUAGUAAUAAAUUGACCAGCACCGAAUUUUUGCAGGAAAUACCUAAUCCAAAAAAGUUAGAGGUAUUAAGAAUAAACAAAAACGAGGGACUGAAAGAAAACUUAAACUUUUUGUCUCUUUUUACUGGGAUCAAAGAAUUAAACGUUGAGGAUUGCCCUUUGGUUGGUAGUUUAGAACCACUAAAGAGUGCAAAAAAGUUAAAAAAAAUAUUCAUUAGUCGCACUCAUAUCAGCAAAGGCUUAGAAUAUUUACCAAAAAGUUGUCAAAAACUUUAUUGUGAUUAUGAUUACCAGUAUAAGUCAAUUAAGAUCGUCGAUGAACUAAGCAAAUUUGCUGAAGAAAGUUUAGUAUUUGUGGGACAAUCAGACACUACUGAUCCUAAUUCGCAACUUUACACACAGGUUGGAGGUGUUAUUGCUAUCGCUUCUCCUUUUGUAGAAACAAUUACUUCUUAUAUUAAUGACCAUAUUUAUGAUUUACUUGAUAAUUAUCACGAAUUAUUGGGGAUAAUCAAGAAGAUAAAAAAAUCUAAAUUAGGGUCGGUGAAUAAGGUACUUAACGACUUAAGGAGUAAGACUAAAAAAUUUUUAAAGAAAUAUGAUGAAGACAAAAAUGAAGUAAUUGAUAUUAAUGAGUUGAUAAAAGGCAGAAUAAAGUUCGCUACCGAUUUAAGCAAAGAAAAUCUAGGUGAAGGAAGUAGUCAAUUAGGUGAUAUUGUAUUAGCAAUGAAAAAAUUAGAGGAAGAAAUAGUUAAGUAUCAACAAGGAUAUUCAUUCGAGACAAUUGAAUCAGAAAGUGAUUUAGAGGGAAAUGAAAAUAAUAACUCAUUAGAAAAAAAUCGGGAGGCAAAAGGAACUGAAGUGGUAACAGAAGACCAGCAAAGUGAAAUUCAAACUCAAAUAGUAGUUUCAUUACAUCAACGUGAUUUAAAUAAUUAA